CUGCCCUUCCGCUCAAGGGCCACUUUGAACUCCGAGCUCCUCCUCCUUCUCCCUUCAGUUCCUUUCCUUAUAAAUCCUCUGCACUCUCAAACUUCCUCACUCAACAAACAUCACCCAGAGAAAGCAUAGCAGCAGAGAGGGAAAAUGGUUGAAGGGUGAAGAAGAAGAAGAAGAAGAAGAAGAAAAAGGUUAAACGAUAGAGCUGUUCCUGACUUGGAAUGUGAUAUAUCGAAGCGGAGAAAAAGGCCUUUUUAUCGCUACAGAGACAAAGUACUGUCUGAGUUAUCAUCAUCAAUAUGUAUAGGACAGUAACCCCACCUGCACUCCAUUCAAUCUCCUUUUGAACGAAACCCACCAUUUUUUUUUUUUUUUUGCUUCUGUUUCUCUCUCUCUCUCUCUCUGUUGGAGUAAAAGGGUUUUGUGUUGUUGUGUUGUGUAUAAUUAGUGUUUGUUUCAGAAAGGAAUGAAAGUGGUAUGGAGGUGGUGGAGAUUCAAGAACAACCCUGUAGGUUUUCACGAAUUGGAAAUCGUGGAAAUGAAUCCAACAAAUUAGGGCAAAAGGGGAUUGUUCACUCCCCAGAUGAUGAAGAAAUCAAAGAAUUCUCCGCACGGGUGGCUGUGGUUGCUUCUGCUUCUGUUUCUGCCACCGCCGGUGGAGUUGAACCAGGUGGCUGCGGCGGUAAUGGUGGUGGUGGUGUUAAUCGGCUUCGUGGUUGGCACCACUCGUCGCGGAUUAUUAGGGUUGCUCGAGCUUCAGGCGGCAAAGAUCGACACAGUAAGGUAUGGACAUCGAAAGGGCUUCGAGAUAGACGAGUUCGUCUCUCCGUUCCUACCGCGAUUCAAUUCUACGAUCUUCAAGAUCGGCUUGGUUUCGAGCAGCCGAGUAAAGCAGUGGAGUGGUUAAUCGAAGCAGCUGCCGACGCCAUCGCUGAGCUUCCGUCUCUCCAUGGCGCUUUUAGCGACGAGAAAAUGGGUAGCGAUGGAACCGACCAAGGGUUUGAUUCACCGGAAAUGGAGCUCGACGGCGACACCAAAAAACAUCAACAGAAUCAGCGGCGGAUGCUUUCAUUAGCGAGGUCUGCGUGUAGUAGCACCUCAGAGACGAGCAAGGGCUCGGGAUUAUCCCUCUCCCGCUCUGAAAUAUUAGUGAAUCGAGCCAAAGCGCGCGACAGAGCGCGGGAAAGAACUGCGAAAGAGAAGGAAAAAGAGCAAGAAUCCAUUCCCAACAACCAAUCUUUCACUGAGCUUCUAACUGGCGGCGGCGCCACCACCAAUCGUACCAGUUCGGCACCGGAAAACACCGCCGUGGAGCCGAAUUUGUUCGACAAAGCAACGGCAAUGGAUUACUUCACCUCAUCUGGGAUUAUCGGCCAAGAACCAUCGUCGUCUUCAUCUUCACGGCCUGGCCAUAAUCAAUCUGCGGGAUUUUCAGGACAAAUCUUCUUGGGAAAUCCACACCAAUUGCCAAUGUCGGUUCCGCAAUUCAAUGUCUCGGCCGGUGAAAAUACCCAACAAGAUCGGCUUCAACAUUUCUCAUUUGUCCCGGAUAAUUUGAACGAUUAUAAUCUCAACUUCACCAUCUCCGCCGGCCUUGCUGGUUGCAAUAGGGGGACCCUUCAGUCCAAUAUCUCACCGUCUCUUUUACCUUACCUCCAGAGGUUUCCUCACGACGGAUCCAACCUACCCUUCUUCAUCGGAGCUCCGUCGCCGGCGACUACUCCAGUACAGUUGGAAAAUCAUCAGCACUUGUUUGAUGGUAGCUGGCAACUCUGUUACGCUGAUGGAACCCAUCACUCUGAUCAAAAGGGUAAAGGAAAGAACUGAUUUCCAGGUCAUGAAGAUGGAGCACGAGAGAUGGACCGUAGCGCCCAUCGUGAGUGAAUUACUACACAUUUUUAUUCUUCUGAAACACUUCGCCUUUUCCAUUGCUUCAACCAUUUUGGUUCCUUCACUUCUCGUAUUGAUUCUCAUUGUGUUUUCAUCUGUUUAUGUGUAAUCUUUCACAACCAAUGCAUGCUUUGUUGUUGAAACUUAUUACUUACAGCUAAGUUAUAUGUCAACGUCCUCGUUAGAGGUUCGAAUCCCA